CAAUGGCUCGUAAGUUGAUUUUGGUCAGUCUCUGGGUGUUGUUGUUGCUGCACUUGUGCAACGAUUGUGACGCCAGGCCGAGGGAAACUGAAUCAGGCGAAGAAGUGAAGGCAAAGGGCGAUGGCGAUGAAGAGGACUCCUCUUCGGAAGAAACCGUUGAGGACUCUGAUGAGACGCGUCGACGGCGUCGUGAUGCUACCAAUCCCUUAACAGGCGAGCAGAUUAUACCCAUACUGUUGGAUGCUGUGCUGCCGACAGGAGAUGCAACUGGCAAUCGGUUCUCCAGGGAUCUGGAAUUUCUUAAAAAUAUCAAACGCAGUAUGGAAGUUAAUGCUGAACGCUAACGUUUGACACACACCAAAUGCACUUAAUUCCAAUUGGCUUUAGUUUUUAUUUAGUUUGUUAAUAUAAAUAGGACUUCAAAUAAACUUCAUGGAAGCCAUCAAUUUCCUUGCACGGACGAUCAUCAGGUUGCUGUAUCAAGUUUAAUAAUUGUUCGAUAGUAUCUGGCACAUUGCCAUCGCAAUAUAAACUACCAAUUAAGAAUGUUGAGUAGAACUGCAGUUUUUGCCCAUUCACACAGUUUGCUUUCAAAUAAGAUUUUAAUGACUUAACCAUUUCCUUAACGACAUUUGCCUGAAUAUUCGUAUCGAAGAACAUUUCCUCACAGCGAUCCCAAAACAAAUCUUUUUUGGGUCGCCUUUUCGGCAACUGCGUCUGGCUGUGUAUAUCUAAUGGCAUUAGUAGCA